UUUUUCUUUCUUUCAUGAUACGCGUCAUAAAUAAGAGUACUUUACUAUUAAAGAAACAACAUAUUCUCCCGAGAUCAAGUCUUGUUUUAUUUCAAAAGACUCGAUACUCUAGUUCUUUACCAAAUUCACAUAAAAUAUAUGCUUUACCCUUUAAACUUCCUGAAGAGAAAGUACAUCAAAUUGUAAAUAUCGCUUCUUAUGUAAAUCAGCAUGCUUUCUUUGGUAUCUUUAAAAUCUUCAAGAGUAUAUUCACUCGAAAAAUGCCAGAAGUGAAAGAAAGUGUGUCAUCCAUGCAAGUUCGUAAGGCCUAUCUUCCUCUUUGGUAUUAUGAUAUGGCUGUGUCAGCAGACAUUACGCCCUCUUCAAAAGACGAAAGUGAGUCUGCCGAAACAAUACUCAAGACCAUGGGCCCAGCACGUCAAAUGUUAGGCAUUGGAUUUGACUGUUAUUGGCCUGGGCAUGUAUGGGAUCCUGUCCCUCUAACACGCAUAGAAGACAUGGUCCCUUUCUCUCCUGAACUUUAUGAAUCCAAAGACGAUAUAGAAAUCAUACCUUUCACAGUCAAUCCGCUUGUCGAUAUUGUAGAACGUACACCAAAUGCACUUGAGCAUCUUACGGUUGAUUCACCCACACAUAAAUCAGGCAUCUUGACCAUGCAUCAGGCCAAAGUCCUCUUUAGUUCAGUUUAUCCUAUUUAUUGGCCAGUCUACAUUGCUCAGUUCACAGUGGAUCAGAAAGAGGAGGAUAAGCCCAAGACAGUCGUGAUUGCAGCACACAGUGAUGAUCCUCCUAUCUAUCAAUGGGAUUCGAGUAAGAAGGGAGCAGAGCAAUGGAUCAAUAAUGGCCCUUGGGUCAAUCUGGAUGUGACUGAACCUGAAUGGCAAAUGGGAUUUGGUGCUCAACCUCCUCUAAGAUACUUGGUCCAUCGAUUCUUGACAGAAGUCGUAGGCCAGUUUCAGACAACGACCAUUGAUUGGGAUGAUGAUCGUAUUCAAGCUUAUCCCAACUACCAACAUCAAAACAGAGAGUAUUUAAAGCAGUUAUUUAAGGUCUGGGCUGAACGUAACAUGCUCUCACGUAUUGAAGGAUUGGAUGAGAACCAAAGAACAGUGGGUUUACGUAGAGGAUCUACAGCAGAAUCAAAAGACAAAGCAAAGCCUCUGAUUCAAGUCCAGACAGUAGGCGACAUUCGUAGUGGCAUUGAGAGUAGAGUAAGCCAAGAACUUGCUCGUCUUGAAGAACUAGAACCUGUCUGGUACAAAGAAUAUAUUAAGAAAAAGAAAAAUGAACAAUAAAAAUUGUCCUAACAAAAGUUUCCGAUCCUCUUUAACAAAGUAUG